AAAUUGUAUUUCUUUUUUUUCUUUUUUUUUUUAAUCUGACGGAUUCGCGGGGCACAUAAAAUGACAUGGCGGGCCAGAUCCGGCCUGCGGGCCAUAUGUUUGACACCCCUGCACUAGAGAAUAAUGACUUCUUUGUUGAAGUAAACAUAUUAAACUGAAUGCGAACACACUCAACGAUUCUUCCAAGUGAUACUUACAAACCUGUUAAUGAAGCGUGCGACUGCCUGUGACUUUGAUGGCUGCCUCCUUUUUUUGUUUACACUUUGUAAAGCAGCAAACAUACUUUCCUCGCAUUAUUUCCUCGGCCCUUUUUUUUUUGUUCAUUUUUCAUGCAGUUGCUGUUGGCAUUUAGAAAACUUAAGCCUCACUCUCUCACACACACACACACACACACACACACACGAUCAAUAAUUCUGAUCAUCAUCACUGAUGAUUUGUUAUUAUGCUGUGUUUCAUCUUCUGAUUUUAAUGAGGGUUAAUACCAUCCUCUGAUGAGAUGAAACAGGAAAGCAUACUCAGACACACACACACGCACACAGUCACAAUCCACACUGAAAUCAAGUCAUUUGAAUGGACGUAAUGGGCACAGCCGUAUGGACAUGUGUGGAUGUGCAGCCUUGGCUUCAUGUGAUGUGCAAUCAUGCAGUCAGAUGCUUCGAAAAUAUGCAGAACUACAAUGAGCGCGCACACACGGACACAAACAACCAACACACACACACAGACACAUUUCCCACCCAUCGUAUUAUGUGAACGGGAAGUCUCUCGCCCUGCAGAGGAAGUGGUAUUAACAGCGCAGGUCUUUUUCUAUUUCACGCUCCAACCAAGUGUCUAACAAUUUGCAUCUCCCACUAACACUUCUACAUCUGUCGGGAUGUAAAAAGGGAAGGGAGGGGAAGGGAGAGAAAAAAAAGAAGGGACAACAAUGAGACGCAACUAAAAGGUGGGAGUAACUGACGAGUUCGACUUUUUAGCAAAAUUGAGUUUCCAUUAUGUGACAACAAUGCGAGUUCCCCUCUCAUUUCUGCACGCCUUUGUCCCCGCUUCACUCUGCGGUUGUGUGUUGUUGUGUGUGUGCGCAGGUUUCAACCAGCCGGCCUGGUGGAGAGGAUCCAAGCUAUCGCUCAGAAUGUCUCCAACAUGGCUACCAGGGUGGAGCAGAUACUGCAAAACAGCAUGUUGCAAGGAAGAGCAGUGAGAGAUGGGACGUCAAGCCAGUGUGAAGUACCACGAGACCUCCGCUUUCCUGAGUGCCCAGGGAAAGUAGAUUGGAUGCGUGCACGUUGGACAUCGGACCCCUGCUACGCCUUCUACGGCGUGGACGGUUCAGACUGCUCCUUCCUCGUCUACCUGAGCGAGGUGGAGUGGUUCUGCCCCCCGCUGGCCUGGAGGAACCACAGCAGCCUCCCCACCCAGUAUGUACUGCAGCCAAAGGCCCCCAAGAGACAGGCUGCCUUCCGCACUGACCUCUCUGUGCUGCUGGACCAGGUCGGGGCAGGGAAGGAGUCCCUCAGCUUCAUGAAGCGCCGAAUCCGCCGCCUCGCACAGCAGUGGGCGACAGCCGCCAACUGCCUGGAUGCCACGCUGGAGGAAAGAUGGAGGGACCAGAAGAAGAUCCUGGUCCACGUAGGCUUCCUAACCGAGGAGUCCGGAGAUGUUUUCAGCCCCAAAGUGCUCAAGGGGGGUCCUCUGGGAGAGAUGGUCCAAUGGGCCGACAUCCUCACUGCGCUCCACGUUUUGGGACACAACCUGAAGAUCUCCAUGUCCCUUAAGGAGCUGCAGGGGUUCCUCGGUGUGCCCCCAGGCAGAGGCAGUUGCCCGCUGACCGGCCCGCUGCCCUUUGACCUCAUCUACACCGACUACCACGGCAUGCAGCAGAUGAAGCAGCACAUGGGGCUCUCGCUCAAGAAACACAAAUGUCAUAUCCGAGUGAUUGACACGUUCGGGACGGAGCCAGCUUACAAUCAUGAGGAGUACUCAACGCUGCACGGCUACCGGACCAACUGGGGCUACUGGAACCUCAACGCCAGGCAGUACAUGACCAUGUUCCCACACACGCCAGACAACUCAUUCAUGGGCUUCGUUUCGGAGGAGCUGAAUGAGACGGAGAAGAGGAGCAUCCAGCAGAACAAAGUCAACAACAUGGCUGUGGUGUACGGGAAAGAGGCCAGCAUGUGGAAGCUUCAGCAGGGUAAGGAUGGUUUCCUGCAGAUUCUCCACAGGUACAUGGAGGUCCACGGCACAGUGUACUAUGAGACCCAGAGACCUCCGGAGGUCCCGGCCUUCGUGAAGAACCACGGCCUGCUGCCUCAGCAUGAGCUGCAGCAACUGCUGCGCAAGGCCAAGCUCUUCAUUGGCUUUGGCUUCCCCUACGAAGGCCCUGCCCCUCUGGAAGCAAUAGCCAACGGCUGCAUCUUCCUGCAGCCCAAGUUCCACCCGCCUCACAGCUCACUCAAUCAUGAGUUCUUCAGGGGCAAGCCCACAUCUAGAGAGGUGUCCUCCCAGCACCCGUAUGCAGAGCAGUACAUCGGCAAACCUCACGUCAUGACGGUGGACUACAACAACUCCCUGGAGUUCGACUCUGCCAUCAGGGAAAUCAUGAGGACCAAGGUUGAGCCAUAUCUGCCUUAUGAGUACACCUGUGAGGGGAUGCUGGAGAGAGUACAUGCCUACAUACAGAAUCAGGACUUCUGUGCACUCGAGGCUCCCUUCAUUCCAGCCAACCUCUCCAGACAGGUGUCUGCUGGUGGCAGCAGGAUUACAGGACCCCUGUUUGUGCCCCUGCCCAAUUCCACAGCCCUUGGCUGGGCAUCCAAUGUGACGGCGCCCCCCGCCUGGCCUCCUCUCAGCUCCCUCAGGCUGCUCGUAUCUCAAGAGGGCCAGUCCUGCGUGGAGGCGUGCCAGUUGGAUGGUUUCAUCUGUGAGCCCGCUCACUUCCGCUUCAUCAACAACAAGGAGGCCCUGCGCGGGUUGGCGGUGCAGUGCGACGUGGUAGACUCCGAGAUCAACCACAUCCUCCCAGCCUUCUCGGUGGUGCGGCGGGAGUGCAGCCUCCAGCGGGAACCCCUCCUCUUCAGCUGUGCAGGAUACUCCCCCAACUACAGACGCCUUUGCCCGUGCAGGGACUUCCGACGCGGCCAGGUGGCGCUGUGCAGAGACUGUCUAUAAUGACGGGACAGGUGAAGGACAGACACAAAAGAAUUAGAUUCCGAUUGGCGGGAGGGUUUUGAGGGGGAGGGACACCGGAAGGCACCCGUAGUAGAACGGGUGUAGAGCUGUGAGGAACAGGCAUGCAUGGAUUUGAAGAGCUAAAAGCAGGCUGGAAUAGCUGUCAGGUUGUAAGUGAGGACUUUGGUUGUUAUAACAGCUGUGUACUGUAACUUGCUGAAGUUAAAAAAAGCAGUAAGACUUCGUAGAACAGGGCUCCAGUGAUGAGCAGGUGUCACUAUAACCAGAGGAAGAGGCUGGCUUACCCACGGCAACGAACCUUCGACUACAGGAUCAGAGUUAAUACAAGAGGUUUACUGGUGAUAUAAUACACGAAAUUUCAUCUUCCAGAGCUGCGUCUCGCCAAAAGUUAGGUGUUUAAGUUGGAAAGUAUGUACUUGAAGAGGCUUGUGACUGCAGAAAAACUCAGUAUUGGGACUAUUGUGUCAUACCAUGACAGAGUCUUCAAAUACGUUGGCUUGGAGAAGGCAACCUCGAGUCAAUAUCCAAUCUCCUCUCUGCACUUGGACAAAGGAUGAUGGACAACCAGGUUAUCUCCCUCGCUUUUACUCUCGUCCUCCAAUGAUGGACAGUGUAAUUUAUCAGACUGAACCAAAAGUCUGAGGCAGCAUCGGUCAAUGCAAUCAUCUCUUGUCGCAAAAAGGAAAGGAGGAGGAGGAUAGAGUACAAAAGUAAAGAGUGCAAGAUUAUUUUUCAAUAAAUAAGCCUUUAGAGCUUAUUUAAAGAGUCUUUUAAAGAGUCAUUCGGGCUUUAUUAUGGAAAAAAUGAAAUGAAAAUAAAAAACUCUGAACAGAUCAAAGUGUUGAGGUGGGUUUUAUGUUCCGUCUGGUCUUCACUCGGGCCCUUCCUAUCUUGCGUUUCUUCUGUUCUUGCUCCUACACCCAUCUGUCACAAUCACAUUCAUCUGCAUUUCCAUCAAUCCAACUGGAGGGGGAAACGAGACAGGGUGGGGAAUCAGAUUUCAGAUUAACGUCUGGUAUUUUCCUGACGGAUAACAAUAUGGGUUUACUUUAACUACAUUUUUUUAUACUCUGGAGGCUGUCCAUCGGCAUUCUGGGAAACAUAGGGAAUCACUUGUAAAGCUAUGAAGGUUUAGAGAAACUGUUGGCACCAAGAACACAGCUAAAAGAGAGUGAAUAUUGGAUUUAGCCCCAGCAUGCUGUUUAGAUUAUAAAAGAGUGCGAUCCCGAUAUUCCAGAGGACAAACACCUGGUAGCAUCUCAGGCACGUUAGCUUUAAUCCCUCCACACCAUAUUUUUGCACAGACUAGAGUUUCCCUGAGACGUUCACUGGGGCUGCAGAGACCAGACGUCCUUUGUCCAGGUCAGUCCUAAUUAAUGGCUCUAUGUCAAGGUGUCCCAAAUCUUUGUCAUCUCUGUCCUCCUUUUCAUCACAUGCUCCAAAGACCUCCAGCUACGCUGUAGUCUUCCCUGUGCAAAGAGAAAACUUUUAUUCUUUUUAAACUUUGUCGGCUAAUUAUCUUUGCCAGGAGAAUCAUGCUUUCACUCGAGUGAGUGAGUGAGUGAGUGAGUGAGUGGGCGUGCACCUCCACGUCCGUCCGCAGUCUCGCAUUCUUCUGCAGCAAACUGUCAAACAUUUUUGGGUGGCCAGUUAUGGUUGCAUGCUCAAGGACGUCUCAUGGUUGCGGUGAUUCACAUUUUGUGAAAAUACCUUUUACUGCCAGUUGUAUACUGCCAUUGACUGCCUGCUGACUCCUCACUCACUACUCUCAACCGGGCCGGGAGGGGCUGCUGAUGAAGAAAACAUUCUCUACACUCAGCCGUUGCUUUGCGGCCAGAGGCACGUUAUUGAGUGCAGUAGAUCUUCACUCUACUGACUGCACCUCUUUUCUUUUGAUUUUAUGUAUUUGGAGCCAGAUCGGAUUAACCACAACAGUAAUGAAGGCCAUCCGUAUAAUCAAUGCACAGUUCUUUGAUUAACUAUUAACUAUUAGUGUGUGUGUGUGUUUGUUUUAGUUAGAAAAACAGAGCAGCUCUUGGUCUGGAUCCCAGUGAAUAAAGAAUUAAAUGAAUAAUAAAUCACAAAUGUGAAUGCCAAAGUAGAUUCAUCAAAUCCUCAUUGACCUACACCAGCAGCACGGGGGAGAAAAAAUCACCCUUUUCACCAGCGCAUUGUAAUUUAAAUUUAACACCAGAGGCAAUUGAAAUUGCAGUGAAUACUUUUCAUCUCCGCAAUUCAUCCACCUUCUUGAUUGAAAUAUUUACAAUGAUCAUAAAAAAGCACUUAGGCCCUGUGCAGAAAAUCACUUCUUUCUCCCCAUGAACCCGGAACAUAAAGAGCAGGCUGCAGCCAAUAGAAAGGCUCAAAUCAAUGGGCAUAAUGUGUGAUGAUGUCGCAUCAUAAUUCAUUCAUUCAUUUUGGAUUAAAAGCUGAGAACAUGUUGCAUUAGCUAUACAUUUUGAGGGGAACACAAUACCGUUUAUUCUUCUCGUAUCACCUUAUGGCAAAUUUUGAGAACUACGCUGAGGUAGACGAGAUGACCAUUGUUACCACUCUCACGUAAACUUACAUAAAAAUGUUUGUUUUCAGUACGACACAGCACUUGAACACAGGCCUGCACUGAAGAAGUUAAAUGCUUUCUGGGUACCUCUCUGACCUGCACACCUUUACUUUUAACUGCACCACAUGAAUCUCACGCUACUUCCUGCUUUUCAAUGGAAUUAAAUUACUGACGCAAAUUAGCUAAAUAUGACUGCGAUCCAUAGGAGACCAGGUUUAUGGCCUCAUGUUUCGGUGUCUUCCGGUAGUGUCCGUGUCUGUCUAUCUGCUCUCAAGGUGACUUUCACACUUGAUACAUGGCUGCCGAGGAACAACAUGGGACAUUUUUCCAACAGCUGCGUAUUUCCUGUUUUUGUUGAA